AUGGAGGAACGCGUCACCAAAGUCUCCAGGACCGAGCUACUCGAGCAGCGGGCCAAGAAGCUCGCGGAGCGCUACGGCCUCGAGUUCAGACUUUCGGACUGGAUCACGGGCGCGGAAGACGACACCGUCCUGCGCGUAGACAAGCCAAUCCGCAUCCGCAUCCGCCGAACAUGCCACUUGUGCAACGCGACCUUCGUUGCGGCCGAAGAGUGCUCCGGCUGCCAGCACGUUUGCUGCAAGGACUGCCCUCGCUAUCCACCGAAGCGUACCGAGGCCGAGAAGGCUGCCAGUCGUGAGCGGAAAGAGGCAGUCAGCAAGGACUACAGGGAGAGUUCACGCAUUGUCGCCGAUUUGUAUUACGAUGGCGGCCGUGUCGUUCUCAAGCGUUCGAGCAAGACUGGUGGGCAAGACCUCAUUCACAGGAGGCCACGACAGCGCGUCCGAAGGACAUGUCACGAGUGUCAGACGCUGUUCAUGCCUGCCAGCAAGAAGGACCCACCCAAGAAGGACAAGUACCCCUUUGGCUACCCCGGCGAUGCUUUCGGGCCCAACAGCGUUCCCCGAUACGAGUGCCAGCGUUGCCAGACCUUGUACCCGGAGGGCGCUUCCGAUGGUGUCGAGUGCGCCAAGUGUGGCACCAAAAUGUCGGUUGCGUCGCCCAGGGCCCUGCCGCGCAAGAUUGAGCCGGAGCCAGACCCCGGUGUUCUUAAGAUGUUGCAGGCACGCCUGGACAGCCUGAAGGUCUCCUAA